AUUUCGCCUCCUGUUCUCCACCUGGCUGAGGGUUCCUUUUGUCACUGGCCUCUCGAGGGAGGGGGCUUGCUUGCCUCCUCUCCCUCCCUCCCCCCUUUCCUCUCCUCCCUCCUUUUAUUUCUCGAUCCCCGUCGCUCCGUUUUUCUUUCUUUCCUCCGUUCACACUUUUGGGGGGGGCUGCCCCCACUUUUUUUUUUUUGCGCGUAAGCGGGCGCACUAUUUGACUAGGCGAGGGACCGCCUCACUGUGGCGUAGGGAUAUUAGGCACACCGAUUGGGAGUUCAAAUGUCAGCAAGUUUUUUUUCUCCCUUUCCCCUCCUCCUCUUCUUCUCUCUCGGUCUCGCUCACUCUCUCUCACUCUCUCUCUGUCUCCCCCUCCCCCCCCGCCUUUUUGGGAAAAGGAGGGGAGGCGGUGGUGGGGCGGAUGUAUUCCUCCGCAGCAGCUUUCCGCCGCUUGUAAACGGAGCGCCUCCCGGCUCGGGAGUUUUGGAUGGCAUUUGGGCCGAGGCGAGCUCCAGAAGAGACAGCUUUGCGCUCGCGGGUGCAUGCAGUGCCGGGCGUCUCCCUGCUUCGGGGAGGGCCUGGCCGCCCCCUCCUCCACCCCGAGAAGGGCCCCGGAGGCGUCUUCCAGCCAGCAGGUGACCUCCCCGGCCGCCCCGCCGAUGGACGGCCGGCUCCUUCGGCCUCUAGGCUGCGCCCCUCUCGCCUUUGCCCUCGGCACCGUCCCGCUGCUCCGCGGCCCGGAUCUCAGCCGGGGCGGCCGCUAACCGCCGCUGCCUUCCCCCCCACGUAGCCCGCCUUCCGCCCCAUGGACGUAGCCGCGGGACCGGAGGCGCUGGAAAACUGCUUGAAUCGCGGCUCGGUCAAUUGCGCCAAGAUGCUGGACGGGAUUAAAAUGGAGGAUCGGCCGCUGCGCUCGGGGCCCGCGACUUUGGGAGUCCUGCUGGGGUCCGAUUGCCAACACCCGUCUGUUUGUGAGGGGUGCCAGCGUCCCAUCUCCGACCGUUUCCUGAUGCGUGUCAACGAAUCGUCGUGGCACGAAGAAUGCUUGCAAUGUGCCGUCUGCCAACAGGCGCUCACCACUAGUUGCUAUUUCCGAGACCGGAAGCUUUACUGCAAGCAAGACUACCAACAGUUGUUUGCUGCCAAAUGCAGUGGGUGCAUGGAAAAAAUCGCCCCCACGGAGUUUGUCAUGCGGGCGCUGGAGUGCGUUUACCACCUGGGCUGCUUCUGCUGCUGCGUCUGCGAGCGGCAGCUGAGGAAAGGGGACGAGUUCGUCUUGAAGGAAGGCCAGCUCCUUUGCAAAAGCGACUACGAGAAGGAGAAAGACCUGCUCAGCUCCGUCAGUCCAGAUGACUCCGAUUCAGUGAAAAGCGAAGAUGAGGACGGGGACAUCAAGCCGGCUAAAGGGCAGAUAACCCCCGGGAAAGGGGGCGAUGACGGAAAAGACCCACGAAGACCUAAAAGGCCACGGACGAUCCUCACAACACAGCAGAGAAGGGCGUUCAAAGCCUCCUUUGAAGUAUCUUCCAAGCCUUGUAGGAAGGUAAGGGAGACUCUGGCGGCUGAAACCGGGCUCAGCGUCCGAGUAGUCCAAGUCUGGUUUCAGAAUCAAAGAGCAAAGAUGAAAAAAUUGGCGCGACGGCAUCAGCAGCAGCAGGAGCAGCAAAACUCCCAGCGGCUCGGCCAAGAAGUAAUGUCCAACCGGAUGGAAGGGAUAAUGACGUCUUACACACCCCUUGCACCACCGCAACAACAGAUUGUAGCAAUGGACCAGAGCACCUACGCCACUGAUCCUUUCCAGCAAGGUCUCACCCCACCACAAAUGCCAGGUGACCACAUGAAUCCUUAUGGAAACGAUUCCAUUUUCCACGACAUCGACAGCGACACCUCUUUGACGAGCUUGAGUGACUGUUUCUUGGCUUCCUCAGAAGUAAACUCCAUGCAAGCCAGGAUAGGAAACCCCAUCGAUAGGCUGUAUUCUAUGCAGAGUUCCUACUUCGCCUCAUGAAAAGCAACCGGCGGGGGGGAACCGGCCCAGCUCUUCUUCGGAACUUCUCUCCUGAACCGAUGUCGCGAGGAGGGACUCCUUCCCGGUUUUUCCAGCUGGAGAAACAAACAAACAAACACAAAAAAACCUCAUACAGCCAUAUGUUGUUUUUUUUCCCCUCCACCCUGAUAUACGGUCACCUGGGAUGACAGGAGCAUUGAAUUAAGGAGGCCUCUGGGCCCCCCCACAAGAAACAGACAGGCAAGGAAUCCUCAGCCAGAAUGACGAAAGGACCACGAGUCGCUCUCAAAAAAAAGAGAAAGAAAUCGAGGUCACCAAGGUGGGACCGAGGAACACCGAUGCUCCCCGUGGUUAGUUUCUUCUCGAACCCCGUCGUGGCGGAGGCAAACACGGGCACCCACCUUGCAUUUCUUUGGGGAUCUCUUUCGACAGCGCGAGUGGUUUCUCCAGCCUCUCCCCCACCUUCCCCUCCCUCCCCAUGCAAAGUUGGUCCAAGCUGAAGAAAGAAAUUGGAGGGGACUGUCCCAGUUUUGUUCUGCAUGUUUCAUCUCCCGCCACAGACUGAAAGGGGACGUUCCUGUUUCCUCUCGGCUUUUCUUUUCCUUUCUUUUCCUCUCCAUCAAAUCAAACGGGGGAAACGACACACACACCCUCCCCCACAAAAAAACAACGGUCGUCUCUGGGGCCAUUAAGUUAUAGUCACUGCACUGCCUGGAAAUGGGGAGGAGGGAGUGGGAAUGGAGAAUGGGAUGGUGGGGGGGAGAACCCAGAAAAUAAUAAGAGGGAUGCGAGGAGAAAUCGGGCCACGUCGUCAUAACCAUGACGUUUCUUGGAAGAGGAAGAGUGAAAAGAUGCUGGACAGGGGAGGCAAACUUAGAUGAGCUGUGAUUACACCUUUACCUGAAAAAGCAAUUUUAUAAAAGAUAGGGCCAGAAAUAUUCUGGAACACCUGAUUUUAUUUUAGGUGUGUUAAAACUUUUUUUUUUUAAAUAAUGGUGAAGGAAUUCAGUGCCAAAUUUCACGUCUCCACCUAACCCCUAGCUCUCUUAGCUCUUUGAUUGGCAGUCAUCUGUUGGUGAUUCCCAUUUGUUUAUACCGAUCUGACAGCCAUACCCCAGAGUUCCUUUGCUUCGGGACACGUUAAUUAGAGCUGGUUUUGGUUUGGAUCUUUUAACCCCCUCAAUGGGGGUUAAAAGAAACCCCCCUUUCCUCCCCCACCCACCACUUACCCAUCAUGUAAUUUCAAAAGGCAAGCAGUGAAUGGCAUUCUGUAUAGCUUUACUCAUGGUGAGCACUUAUUCCGUUAUUCCCCAGGCCUGGGAACCAAUUGCUAGUAGAAAUUAAACCUUGGCAGAUGCAAAGCUGUAAAACACGUUUUAUGAUUGCUUACCACCGAGAGUGCCACGGAAAUUCCACCUUCGGUGACUAGUUAGAUCGGAGAGUAAAGCUAACACGGGGCCAUCGUGAAGUAUGCUGAGGUCUUGCUUCAAAAAGAAGCUGUGGGUUUGAUUUUAUUUAAAUUAGGUUUAAAGAAAAAACAACGACAAGUUAGUGAAUUGAAUAUCAUGACUGCCCACGUAUUUUGCAUUUCACGACUUCUGCCAUGUUUAAAUCGCAGUGGGUGACUUGAGUAGAAGGCCUGCAUCUUCCAGACCAUUCUUGGUCCACCAGUUUUCCAUUGCUGCCUUGUCCUUUCUUCCCGAAACUGAGUUCCAGAUGUUUUGGUCUACAAAUCCUAUCGAUCUUAGGUAGUUUAGCCCAAGCUCCCGCCAGGUGUGAUGGCCCUCAAAUUUCACGGUUGAUUUUUCAUUAUCCAUUUUUUUGGGGAACCAUAAACUGGAGACAACACUUGACCUCAUGUCCUGCUUAUGGACUUCUAGAAGUAUCUGCUCGGGCUACCCUGGGAAUGUAUUGGGGGAAAGACUAGAUGGCCCGCCAAGUUCUGCAGAACUUCAAUAGAAUGUUCUCUAUGUUCGUAAAACGAGUUGGCAAAGUAGGGGUUGUCUUCAACAAUGCACACGCCUCUUGUGUUGAUCAGCCUUUGUCAAUUUGGAGGCUGUCAAGAUUCCUAGGAUCCUCCAACCACUGUUGACUGUUGUAUUCCAGAAACCUUAAUGGUAUCCGGAUCUGAGAAAGGCUGAAAUUAGGGGAAAACUGAGUUUCGUUGCUGAAAAUUUUUGGGAAUCAAGAUCCCGAAAUCAAGGUUUGGGGGAAAUUAACUUGGAGACUUAUUUUGAGUAUUUGCUGGCAAGUCCAGUAGAGUAGAUCAUGAUCCUCUUACUGCCUGUCUCUUCUUUUAGGGUUAUGUUAGAUUGAUGAUAGCCACACGUUUUUGAAAGCAGAAGAAUUCCAGGAGUAAGAUUUACAGGUAGUUCUUGACUUACAACCCUUUGUUUAAUGACUGUUCAAAGUUGUAACGGUGCUGGGGAAAGUCACUUACAACUUGUGACUUGCACUUACGACCAUCCCCAGGAUCCUGACAGUCACCUGAGCAAAAUUUGGGCGCUGGCAACUGGCAUGUACUUAUGACUGUUGCAAUGUCCUGGACUUCCGCGAUUGUCAUUUGUGACUUUCCUAGGCAGCUUCCAAAAAGAAAAGUCAGUGCGGGAAGCCAGAUUGGCUGAGCAAUCACUGCAAUUUGCUUACCUGUUUUGCCAUGACAAAACAGAUGGUAAAAUUGGGCAUCACUUAUCAACCGCCUCACUUAACAAUGGAAGUUCCUGUCCCAAUUUUGGUCAGAAGUUGAAGACUAUCUGAGUUAACUUCCUUUAGGUCUUUUCAAUAUUUAUUCCUCUAUAAUUUGAGGGCCGAGCACAAAACAACUUUAAGUGGAAGAACCAGUUGUCCCUACUGGAUUCCAACUCCUGUUAGAUCUGAUAAGGUCCUUAUUAUCACCUGCCAGAUUCAAUGAUCCAUGAUAAGGCUAUCACCCCACAAGCAUCUCUCCUUAUAAGCAUCUAUAAGUUAGUCUUUCCCCCCACAAUCGUAUUAAUCAGAGGUGGGUUUCAGCAGGUUCUGACCUGUUUUGGAGAACCGGUAGCAGAAAUUUUGAGUAGUUCGGAGAACUGGUAGUAAAAAUUCUGGCUGGCCCCGCCCCCAUCUAUUCUCUGCCUCCCAAGUCCCAGCUGAUUGGGAGGAAAUGGGGAUUUAAAAUUAUCCUUCCCCUGCCACGCCCACCAAGCCAUGCCACGCCCACUAAGCCACACCCACAGGACCGGUAGUAAAAAAAUUAGAAACCCACCACUGGUAUUAAUGCACUCCAGAUGCUAACAAUGUGUGAAAAUGUAUAUCUUUUCCAGUGUCUUGAAAUUGCUGCCUUCAUCAACUGCCUUCUUAAAUGACUUCAGGUAAGAAGAGAUGGGCGGUGAUUGUUGUUUUAAAAAAUAAAAUAAAACCCCAAAGCACAACCCUCUUUGACAAAAAAAAUAAAAAUAUCACCAUCGUUCCGAAACCAUAUCCCCUGACAGUUGAAGGGUUGCACAAUUGUCCUCGUGUGAACGCCCUUGUUUGUCCACCUACCCAAGAGUAUCUUCUGAAUCUAAAAGUAGACUCCCCGGGGGGUUUAUCAAGUGGAGCUGGCAACCAAUGUCCACAGGCCACCAAAGGAAGACAUUGUCCAGAACGGGGAUCUCCAACCUUGGCAACUUUAAGGAACUCUGGGUGUUGAAGUCCACAAGUCUUAAAGUUGCCAUGGUUGGAGAGCUCUGGUCCAGGGCGACAGAUGUGCAGCUUCCCAAAGGAACUGCAGUAGGAGACCUCUUUUAAUAAUUAAUCAUUAUUAAUUAUUCAACCACAUCCAGUAGGAUCCAGGAUCUUCUGGUCCUCCACGACUAUGACAAUGUGGAGAACUUAGGAAAGACGUUCAGGUUGUGAUGACACGGUAAUCCUUCCCGUCCAACCCCGCUAAAAACUGCCACGGCCAACUUCAACCAUGGCCAACUCUCCAUGGCCAACUUGGCAUGGCCAACUCACUGCAGGACAAGAGUUACCCUACUAUGAAAAAAAUGGUGGAAUGGAAUCAUUCAAGAAAGGGUGAAAAAGGCAGGGACGAAAUGAAAUACGAAUGACAAGCAUGGAAAUAUUUUUUUUUAAAAAAAUAUUUUAAAUAAUUAAAUUGAACUGUUAGAUUGUCCUGCCGCGAGUUGGCCACGGCAAGUUGUCCCCUUCUGCCGAGAGUAACAGCAGAUUCAAAGGCCAAGUUGACCCUAGCAAAGCUAUUUAAACUUGCUUUUCCUUUCCCCUGGUACUCUGGCUGAGAUAAAUGUCACUCUUAUUUGUGACAUGGAUGAUUGCUCUCAGGAAUCUACUGGUUGUAUGGUUUUAACCUGGGACUUCAGGGUCAAAGGGUUGAAAACAGGCUCUUGACCUCCUCUUGACUUGAGGCUUAUUUUCGAAUUCUCAGGAGAGAUGCCAUUGGAUAAGUCAAGCAGACAAGAGAGCAAAACAGGUAGGAAUGUCCGAUGUCUUAGAUGGAUAAAAACCUCCUUGGAUAAGUCUGGGUUGAAUGAUAACCCAUGUGAGAUGUCAGAUGGCCUUUGCAAGCAGAUUAUUUGUGCCAUGGACUGCGUGUCUUUGCCACUAAACACGUGUGCACAGAAACACACCCUUCCAGUCUUUUAAUCACGUUAUGUCCAGUAAGCAAAAAAAAACCCACGAGCCGAAAUGGUAAUGAGACACAUUUACAAUAAUAUAGAAAAGUAUGAUUGAUUAGGCUACCAUAUCUAUAGUUGAGUUAAUAAAGGGAGGUGGAAACUAGGGAUCGUCCUUAGAAAUUCUUCUAAAAUGAACGCAUGUCACCUAUUUCGGAGGGGGAGGUUAAGAGAAUGAGGAGUUUCGCUAUUUCCAAACGCACAGUUAACCUGUUCAGUAAUGCCAUUGAUGUAAAGUUGCGCCACUUGGAUAUUCUCACUGGCUGUCGCAAAGUCCAUGGGGAAGCCAAAUUCCCUUCACAACAAAAGACGUAAAACAGGACAAAACACAACACAUUUCUCACUUAGCAACGUAACUUCUGGGCUCAAUUGUGGACUUCCUGUACACCUCACACCUCUACCUACUUAGGAGGUUGCUAGUCCUCAUAAUUUUUACUAGAAAUCCCAGAAGGCUGCAUUCAACAAAUCUUUAACAAACAAACAAACAAAAAAUUGCCAAAAUCUUAGCCAUCUUUUAAAAAGAUGGAUAAGCCAUUUUCUCCCACUUGGAGACCGGUGCUAUUCUGCAUCCCACCAAAUUUCAGUUGAACGAAAAAUAACUACUGCCAAGAAGUUAUUUAGAUAUUGCCUACGUUGAUAAAACAUUACAACAAUGGACGAGUAAUUGGCCGGCAUUUGCAAAAUGAUCUCAACGGUGUGUGCGACCCCUUCAAUAAAUCCUUACGUUUUGACCCACUCUGAUCAAAAUGAUUUUCUCUUUUUUUGUAUCUGAUUUGCUCAGCCUCUCCUUGAACAGGUAGUCCUUGACGUACAACAAUUCAUUUAAUGACCGUUCAGAGUUAACGACACUGGGGGGGGGAAAAAGGUGACUUAGGUGACAUAUUUCACAGUUACGACCUUUGACCCGUGAUCACGUGAACAAAAUUCAGAUGCUUGGCAACUGGCUUGUACUUAUGACGGUUGCGGUGUCCCCGGGGGGGUGCGUGUGUCACGUGAUCCCCUUUUGUGACCUUCCGACAAGCAAAAUCGAUGGGGGAAGACCAAUGUCUCACUUAACAAUGGAACUUUUGGGGCUCAAUUGCGGUCGUAACUCAAGGGCUACCUGUAUUCCUUACCUCGGCGACACAGGACACGUGGUUGAGACACUGCACAGAAGUCACCUUGAUUUUUUGGUGUGUUUAGGGGUGGGUUUUUUUGGUGUGUGUUUGAUCGCCUACACAAAUGUGUUUUUUGACUUCACCCAACAAGCAGUUAUACACUACUGGAGCACUCCCUUUAAAACGUCCCUUGGGGUCCUUUUGAUGUCCGCUCUAAUGGAUUUGAUGGAUUUCUACUGAACCCCUUUUUCUUGGUGACGUUCUUGAGCGAUUGUUCUCUUCUGCUGUAGUCUUCUAACUGGGUGAAUUUGUCUCUUGAGCGUUCGAGGGAGGGGAAAUCGCACCAGAAAUUCUAGAAUAAGCUUUAUUCAACCAGAAGUAGCUACCCAGGGAGACCAGAUUGGGGGGGGCGACCUCUAAGGUGGCCGGGGGUGCGGGGAAAGAUUUGGUUCCUGAGGGCAUCACCCAGCUUUGACUUGUAGCUACAAGGCACCAGGGAGUUUUGACAAAAUGCUCAAGUUUGUUGAUUCCCGUUCACUUCCUUGACUCUUCCACCAGCUUGCCAGCAGGAAAGGUCACCUCCAGGUUUUCAAUUUCGGGUGUGUCCCCCCCCACUCCCCAAAUUUUAAGCUGCAAAAUUGGGGGGGCGGGGCAGAAAUCAAACCAUUUGCUGAACUGCCCCGUUGGGUUUCUCUCUGAGCGGUUCACUUCAACGAGAUGCCUUAUUGGGUAUUCUUAAUUCCCUUCUUUAUUUUUAUUUUAUUUUUCCUCCUCAAGUCACUUUUCUCUUCCUUCCCUUCUCCUCCCCCCCCCCCCAUUUCUGUUCCACACCACCUCCGGCUGUAUCCUCUGUAUAUUUAUAUAUUCUGUAUUUAUGUUAGCAAAAUGUAGUAUUUUGUAGCUGUUCCGGUUUGUUUAACUUGUAAAAAAAAAAAAAAAAAUACCGAUGAUAAAGAUAAUCCUUAAUAGCUCAUUCUGACGCUCCCUGGCCUUUUUCGAUUUGUUGGGUUUUUGCCAUCGGCCCCUUGGUUCUGCCUUUUUAAUUUAAUGACUUGCCAUUUCUUAAAUUAUUUAUUAGUUGUGUUGUGGGGGGGGGGUUGUUCUUUUCAUGUCCACGUGGCCACGGCUGACGGUUGGAUCCGUUUUGAUUUCUUCUCUCCCUGCCAUCCACGGACGGCUCAAGCAAUGUGAUUCUCAAACUUCACAUAUCUGUUUUUUUCUUACGUGGGAGUGUGUAAGGGCACGCGCACGGGACUGAAUGAAUGGAAGGUUAUACUUCAGUAUAUUUGUAAAUAAAAGCAACCUGUAAAUGAAA